GUACAUUAAUAGUUAAUCACAUUAUAAUGCAUUAAAAUUAUUUGUAACAUUGCAUAUGGAAAGAAAUAUGUAUUUAAUUAAAAAAAUAAAUAAUGAGAGAUUAGUCUAGUUUCCUGGGAAGGGUUUAAAAAAUACAGUCAUGCUUGUUUCGAUAUGAAAGAUCAUUCGAAAAUUAAUAGGAUGUGUAGAACUAUGUUUGAGAAACACUGAUCGAUCUCAUAUGCAACAAAUGCGAAAAGACGUAUAUUUAUUUUUGUACUAUUCUGUCAUAUGCUACUGUUAACACAUUGGCGUACGAGUCACGAGAUAUUUCGUUUUUGCAGUUCGAUGACUCAGUGAAUUUAAAAUAAUUAUGGUAAUCGUGACGUUGUCAAGGUGACAAAGUCUUAUAAUGACCCAGAGCAAAAAAGUUCCGAAACAAAUGCAUAUCGAAGUGUAAAAGGAGGGGACACGGAUCGGUCAGUAUUAUUGCAUGAAGGAACGUCCGUGCUUCAUCGUGCACCGUCCAAGUCAUUUUAUUAUAUCAAAGCUAGGUUUUUACGUUUCUAAAGCAAUAAUUGUGUCAGUUUAUGAGUUAGUCAAUAGAUUUUUUCACAAACAAAUAAAAUAAUGUAUUUUACAAAUACAAAAAGUGAAAAUGAAGACAAACUCGAUGAUGUAUCGAGUAACUGUUCAAAUGAAAGUGGACUUCGUAACAUUUCUGACGUAAGUGAUGUUAUUGAACGAAGAAAGGGAACAAAAUACAAUAUUUUGAGCAAAGGUGAAGAUUCGGAGACAAAGAAAUGGAUUAUGCAUUGGACUGAAGUUUUUUAGAGCGUUGAUGCGUGCGUGAGCCUUGACUCGACCGUACUCGUUUAUCCCGACCUUUGAAGAGAUACUGCGGCGAUUUUAAACGAUGAUCAGUCUCCGACACCGUUUUUUUACGAUAUACAUGGACUCUUUAAUGAUUCAUGUAUUAAAAUUAAAACAAAGUGCAGGAUUGGUACAUGUAACCAGAUAUGAACACUCUUAAAGCUAGAUUUAAAAUUCGUAAUUCAGCAUCUGUCAACAAGGAAAUUAUGAAUACGAAUAGCACACUCGAGUGUUAGGAAUCAAGAGCGUCGGGUCUACAUAGAUGUCUAUUACGUCAGGAAUCGCGUUCUUCAAAGACGACUUUCGAUUAUCACCAUACGAUUAGUCGCAUUCGUGCAAAAACUUAAUACGUAUUUGUUAUUAACAAUUAUAAACCUGCACGUGCUAUAUACAUAAUAAUAAACUAAAUACGUAAAAAAAGACGUAUAAAAUAAUAAUACGAAUAUAUGAUAUAUUUACUGUAAGACUUGUUUUUGCUGGAUGUGUAUCUGUAGAUAUUAAUCUUUGUACGUAUAAGGCGGAGGUAGUAAUCGAGAGAGUUCAUGCAUGAUUACAUACUAAGUAUUACUAUAUACAGUAGAUUAUAGAUAAGGUUAAUUUGAUAAUAUAUAAAUACUUUUAUGUAAUAAAUGCGACAUGAUAACGACUGUUUGCUAUAAUCGCACACUAAUGAAUUGUGUACAUUUCACAUGAAUUUACGUAACUUAUACGAACGAAGGGGAUGCGUCAUGAUUAUAUAAAAUAAAGUAUAAGACACGUAUCAAUUAUGAGAUGUAUAAUUUGCGAUAAAUGUGGCAAAACAGUAAAUCGCCAUCACGGCACAGUUUUAUAUGUGCGCAUGAGCGUAUUGUAACUAUACCAUAUAUAGAUGAAGCAAACGUCAGCAGUUGCGUCCAGUGCUGGAUAGAGUGAAUUGAAACGUUGGAUCUAUAUUUUAUCACAUUAUUAACAAAAUGUCACAGAGCACAAGACUCACUUCACUUUUAUCUGUAUGCAACUUGUAUAAAAACAAUUGCAAUGUUAGCUUACAUACCAUUAGAUCAAUGAGUUCAUGGUGGUCUCAUGUAGAAAUGGGACCACCUGAUGCAAUUUUGGGUAUUACUGAAGCAUUUAAGAAAGAUCAGAAUCCUAAGAAAGUUAAUUUGGGAGUUGGUGCUUAUAGAGAUGAUAAUGGCAAACCAUUUGUUUUACCAAGUGUUCGAAAGGCAGAAGAUAAAAUUAGAAAUAAGGAAAUGGAUAAAGAAUAUUCACCAAUAGCAGGAAAUGCUGAAUUUUGUAAACAUAGUAUUAAUUUGGCACUUGGAGAUGGUAAUGAUGUAGUUUCAAAUGGUUUGAAUGCUACCAUUCAAGGGAUUUCUGGUACAGGUUCACUUUGUAUAGGAGCAACCUUUUUAUCACAUUUUUUCCCCGGCAAUAAAGAAGUAUAUUUGCCAACACCUACAUGGGGAAACCAUGCUCCUAUAUUUAAGUUAGCCAGGCUUCCAGUAAAAUUCUACCGUUACUAUGAUCCAAAAACUUGUGGAUUAGAUUUUCAGGGUGCACUAGAAGACAUAUCUAAAAUUCCAGAGAAAUCCAUUAUUCUCCUCCAUGCAUGUGCACAUAAUCCUACUGGAGUUGAUCCUAAACCUGAACAAUGGAAAGAAUUGUCAACAAUAGUAAAGAAAAAAAAUCUUUUCCCUUUCUUUGAUAUGGCAUAUCAAGGAUUUGCUUCAGGAUCCAUAGAAAAAGACUCUUUGGCAGUUAAAUUAUUUCUUAAAGACGGGCAUAGAAUUGCUUUAGCCCAAUCUUAUGCCAAAAAUAUGGGUUUAUAUGGUGAACGCGUUGGAGCAUUUACAUUGGUCAAUUUGAAUCAGGAAGAAAGAGAUAGGACACUUUCGCAAUUAAAGAUUUUGGUUAGGCCAAUGUAUUCUAAUCCGCCUAUUAACGGUGCUAGAAUUGUUAAUGAAAUAUUAGGAGAUCCCCAGUUAAGAGAACAGUGGCUUCAUGAUGUAAAGGGAAUGGCCGACCGUAUUAUUUCUGUACGCCAAAAAUUGAGCGAUAAUCUUAAAAACCUUGGUAGCUCUCGUAACUGGACACACAUUACAGAUCAAAUUGGAAUGUUUUGUUAUACUGGUCUUAAACCCAAUGAGGUAGAAAAACUUACGAAAAAUUAUAGUAUUUACUUGACAAAAGAUGGCAGAAUAUCCAUGGCUGGAGUAACAUCAAAGAAUGUAGAAUACCUUGCAAAUGCUAUACAUGAUGUUACAAAAUAAUUUCGUAUUUCUACCAAUGGUUAAAGAGUUGAACCACCUUUUGCCUUGUAAUGUUCAAAUAUACACUCCAGUACACAAACAAUACUAGAAUACAAAUAUGAACUUUAUAUAUGAUGCAUUUAAUCUUGCAUGCUAUUUUUAUAAAAGCACUGCUGGCAGUGUAGCUACCAAUAUCAAAAUCAAAGACAAUAUUGUUUUUAAUUCAUAUAUAUAUGAAUUAUAAUUGGUAUCAAUUGCUUAGCAUAAUUAUAGUGAUCUCUUAGCAAAGUUAAUAAUAUUUACAUUAUUAACGUUCUUUGCCAUAUAUUCUAUUCCGAUGUAAAGAAAUAUGAUACUUAUUGUUGCCACAUUAUAAGUUUUUAUAAAGGAAAAUUUACUCAAUUAUCAUGUAAAAAAAUAUGAUAUGUAUUAAAUACCACAGUAAAAACUGUUACGAUUUAAUUAUAUAAUGAGUUGAAUUUAUUUCAUAUUGAUCCUAACGUCAAACGUCCGUAAAAUGUAAGAGUUCGGGUAAUUUGAGACAGUCCAAUAUUUAUACGAUUACAGGACCAAUAUA